CUCAUGGAUAUCCACUUACAAGUUCAACUUUACUUUCCUCUUCAUCAGUUUCAUCUCCUAUUCCAUUCACAUCUUCAUCAACUCUUCCACCUCAAGUAACGAUGGAUGUUGAGCUUCAUGUGGUUGCUGUAGACGGAACCACUGCUAAAUUAUCUUGGAGAAAGUUGGAACCGCGAGAAAAGUCACUCAUUGAUGGAAUCACAAUUAAAUACCGUUUAACCACUGAUCCAUUUGAUAAAUGGAUAACCACUCCAAUGAUUCAUCGUGAUGUCAAUGAAUACACUUUACGUGAUCUAAGGUCUGGCCUUUCUUAUGUGGUUGAUUUAAUUCUUAGGCCAGCGGAAAGCUUGCAAACUCAAUUACUUUCCGCUAAACCAGUUACGAUUGAGAUGCCAGCUCGUCCUAAUGAAUUUGAUUUUGUACCCUCAAUUGAUGUUUCCCCUGAAAGUUAUCGUACUAUGAUUAAGCUUCGUGGUCUUCCCAGGCCAACUGAUAAAUAUGUAAAUGUUGUUAAAGUUAAUUUCCGAGAAGCCAAUUCAGAAGGGUUGGAGAAUAAGAUGGUUCACAUGUUUAAAACUCCAUCUGAAGAUGGAACCGUAAUUGUCGAUGGAUUACGUCCAAAUAACCGUUAUAAGGCAUGGAUGGAUCUUUACCUUGCUAAUGGAGCAACUCUUUCAACAAAUACAGUAACAUUUAAUACAAAAGAAGAUCUUAAACCUGUAAUUAAUGAAAACAGAGACGAUGAUCCAUCAGCCAAUGAAGCUGAAGCUCUUAAGGAAAGUAGCAGCGGUGAAGCAAUUAAACCUUAUUAUAUUGCUUUGAUGAUCGUUGCCAUUUUUGCCAUUAUAACUGGAAUCGGAUUUGUGACUUUACUUUGUGUCUUAAUGAAAACUAAAACUUGUGCCAAAGCAGCAAUAACUCGAGCUCCGUCUGAAGCAGCUUAUGAUAAUCCCACUUAUAAGACUUACGAUGGUGAAAAGCCUGGAGAGGAACCAAUGAAAAAUGGAUCCGCGUAAAGAGCCGCAUCAAGCAAGAAAUUAUUUCAAUCUUCUUGUUUAAUCGACAAACAGGUCAUUUACUCUGAGUAAAUUUGAUCCAUUCAAUGUCGAAUUUUUGAUCACUGUUAAUCUAUUCAUCAUUAUGUCUACCAUUAUGGAUCUCUUAUUUCUUAAUUACUAUCGAAUUGUUCAUCAACAUCAUUCUUACCAUCAUCUUUAAUAGAACUGGGAAACACCAGAAAAACAUAAAUUCAACUCAUGCUGAAUAAGUCCAUAGUUAUCAACACAAUUUGAACAAUCAAACAAUUAUAACUAUCACAUUAUGUAUCAUUUUGAAAGACAAUCAUUGUCAUCUUCACCACCAACCUUUGAUUCCAAGUUUAUACUGUAUCACCUGUAAAACCGGUUUGAAUUUUUUUGCCAGAAAAGGAUAAAAAUCACAUUCGAACAACGAUACAGUAGAUAAAUACAGAUACGUUAUUCUCGCUUGAUUAAAGAAGCGUUGGAAUCUAACGUUGGCCUAUCCUGUGGGUAAUUCGCUACUUACAACGCCAUCAACAGGCAACCUUCUGCCUAUUUAUUUUUCAAAUCAUCUUAUUUUCGUUGUGUAUACUUAUUGUGUAAGGAAUGAGGAGAAUCUUAAAUUUGUCUCUUCUUCAUCACUAUUUUAGCGUUAAUCAAUUUUUAACUUGUUUUGUAUACAUUAACCAUCAUCAUCUUCAUCCCAUUCUCCUCAAUCUCAUCUGAUGUAUCUAACCUUAUUAAGGUUUCAAGUCUUUAAUUUUUAAAAAACCAACGAUUUGCUGGAUGCGCAACCACCACAAGUGCUUUACUUUUAUUUUCAGGUUCAGAAGAAAAUUAAUUUUACUUCUUAAUCCUGUCUCUUAAUUUCAAUUGUACCAAUAUUUUAUUUUAAAAUAGUUCUCCCCCUUUCAUAUUGUUAGUCCUUAACUUAAAUAACCGAUCUUCCAAAACCCAUUCUUUAUCCAUUCAAUUGAACUUGAGCAAAAAUUGUAUAUUUUUGCGCUAAUUAAUUUUAUCCCGAUACAAAUCCUGCCAUUUUUACAUUUUGAUAACAAAAAAUCUCAAAAAUAAGUUGUAUUUUUGUAAAUAAAAAUCAAAAAGAGUUACUCUUUUAUCUUAAUACUCUAAC